AUGUCCGAUAUCGAAACCGUCUCCUCCUUUGUAGAGGGAGCUCCCCCGGGAGAGCUCGCCGACGUUAUCGCAGAUAUCAAGUCGCUGACGCUCGAAACCAACCCCGAUAUCGUCAACAACCUCACCCCCGCCUUCGAGAAGUACAAUGAGGAGCAAUUUGUUACAAUGAAGCUGCCUGGUAGCAGCCAACCAGUUAUCAUCAGCGCUUACAACUCCCUUGGGGAUGGCCGAUACUUCGACGUCGAGAGCUCUUCCAGUUUUACCUUCGACCACACUACGCAGAAAGCCAGUGCUGUCCAGAGCCACAUGUUGGAAGGAGCUCAAGCGGACCUCGUCAAGUCCACCCUCAAGAGCAUCGGCCCCUACGUUGACGAGCACUUUGCCAACGCUGCGCAUGGCGUCUACCCAAUCGAGUCGGACUCCAAGAUUGCCAUCGUUAUUGUCGGCAACAAAUAUAGCCCUAACAACUUCUGGAACGGACGCUGGCGAUCGCUUUAUAUCUUGGACCCUUCAUCUGGGGCCCUCGAGGGCUCUCUCAAGGUUGACGUGCACUACUACGAGGACGGAAACGUUCGUCUCCUGACCAACAAGCCUGUCUCCAGUACUAUCUCCUCUGUCAACGGCGCCGGUAUCGUUAGAGAAAUCUCGACAACGGAGAAGAGGUACCAAGAGGAGCUGAACAAGGGUUUCGUGAGCCUUAGCGAGGGUGCAUUCAAGGGCCUGCGACGACAGCUGCCUGUGACAAGACAGAAGAUCGAAUGGGACCGCGUGACAAGCUACCGUCUGGGCCAGGAUAUUGGCAACGGAGGCUCGAGGCGAUAG